AAAAAAUAUCGUCGAACGUGGGGCCUAAUUUUGUUAAAUAUUGAUGACAGACUACUCACAAAACUUCCAAAUUGUUGACGUAAACAAGCGCACAGAUUCGCCGGUAGUGUCAGCGGCUGUUGUCAUAUAUCUGUCAAUAGUAGGGUUUUGGGGAAGCUUUGGGUGUAAAUGCUUAGUUUAGUGGGUGUAUAAUCUGUGAUUUAGUUAAAUGCACGCUUAAUUUCAAGAACCCGUCAAAAUAAGUGUCUUUGUGAUCGUGUCAACGCACAAUUUUCCCCCCCAGCAUUCUUUAAUAAAUUAUAUGUAAACACCGGCAUGGCUUGGAGAUUCAAGGCUUCUAAAUAUAAAAACGCCGCACCCAUAGUCCCAAAACCAGAAAACUAUGUCCGAGACAUCUGCGUUGGGUCCUACCAAACCUACGGCAACAACAUCGCCGCUUCUGCGAAAUUCAUGGCAUUUAAUUGGGACCACGCCGGCUCUAGCCUGGCGGUUUUACCCAUCGACGACUCGGGACGCAAAAGCAAGCUGAUGCCCCUUUUACAUGCACAUUCCGACACUGUGACUGAUAUGGAGUUUUCUCCUUUUCACGAUGGACUGCUGGCGACUGGUUCGCAAGACUGUUUAGUUAAGAUCUGGCACAUUCCAGAGAGCGGCCUACAAGAGUCUUUAAGUAAUCCUGAAUGCACGUUUUCGCAUAAACAGAGGCGAGUCGAAACUGUGGGGUUCCACCCAACCGCCGAUUUUCUUUUACAUUCUACGUCGUACACGACUUUAAAUUUGUGGGACUUGAUAUCAGGGCAGGAGGUGUUCUCGAACGCCGAGACUUCCGACGUGAUUCAAUCCGUGAGUUGGAAGCGCGACGGGACGCUGAUUGCGACGUCGGCUAAAGAUAAACAGGUCCGGGUUUUGGAUCCUCGAGUUGAAGAGUCCUGUAUUAAAACUGCCAAUAGCCAUCAGAGUAUUAAAGAUUCGCGGGUGGUAUUUCUGGGAGACAGCAACAGAGUUUUAACGACGGGUUUUGAUGCACAAAGGUUGCGUCAAAUUAUCAUUCGAGAUUUGAGAAAUUUUGGAGAGGCUGAAAAGUCCUUGGAGCUUGAUUGUUCGACUGGAAUUUUGAUUCCGCUGUAUGACGCCGAUACCGGUAUGCUGUUUCUGGCAGGGAAAGGAGAUACAACCAUCGGGUAUAUGGAAGUGUUGGAUAAGGAGCCUUAUUUGAUGGAAGGUAUUCGACACUCAGGAGAACAAACUAAAGGAACUUGCUUAGUUCCGAAAAGAGCCUUAAACGUAAUGCAGGGCGAAGUUAAUAGAAUUUUACAGCUAACUAGCACUUGCGUUAUUCCCGUCACUUAUCAAGUUCCUCGGAAAACUUACAGGGAUUUCCAUGCAGAUUUAUAUCCAGACACUCCAGGGUAUAAAACUGAUUUAACUGCCGAACAGUGGUUGAGUGGCAAAAAUGUCCCGAUUCCGAAAAUUAGUUUGGACCCAUCUAAGCGGGAAAACGGAGAAGAACCAAUCAUAGUACAUAGAGGACCUCUUUCAAAGCUACGAGAAGAGCACGAAACGGACAAAGUCAUUGAAACAAAACCCGUUCCCAAAAAAACCUUUCAACCUAAAAUCACGGCAACAAUAACUAAAAACGACUUUCACCCAGUUAAGGACAUAAUCAAAGACCUCGAAAAAGAUAAAUCGCCCGUUUCCGAUAGUAAGCCGGAAAUCGUCCAAGAUAAUAAAGUUGCGGAAAACAACAAGAUUAACCUGGAAGAAACGAGCACACAACAAAACGUUAUUCCCCCCAAACCGUUGCCGCGUACAUCCAGAACCGGUUCGAUUUGUGAACCUCUGGAGGACCCAAAUAAUCCCCCAAAACCUGUCGCUAGACCUAGGACGAACAGUGCGACACCUGUCGUCACAUCGGUUAACCCGAACGUGCCCAUUGCAGGAGGAUACAAGCCGAGGCUAGGUCCGAAGCCGUUCACACCCCCGAAGCUCAACGAGCCGGAAAGUUUCGAUAAAGUUUUCUCGGUGCCUGCUGUUCCUGGUCAGCAGCAGCCCCAACAGCAGACGAACGGAGUCCAUGAACCCAAAACUCCCGUUUCUGAGGCUCUCCCCAGCCCCACGCCCACAAUCCAGGAAAAAGAGCCGCUGCAGGUGGAAGAAGAGGCGCAAGUCGAGGCCGAAAGCGCCAAAAACGAGGCCGUCGAAGAGAAUGACAGUGAUUCCGCGUACACGCCUAAAACCCCGAGCACUGCUGAACGGCGAAAAUUGUUUGAAAACAAUACCAAGGAGAACGAGCCGGAAGAGAACUUCGACAAUGUUGAUCAGAGUGGAAGUUUUGAAAGGGCUUCCGUUCAGAGGAGUAGCAUAGCGGAAAGGAGAAAAAUGUACGAGAAUCGAUCACAGUCUGUGCAGGAAGCGCCUAGUACUAUCAUUGAAAAGGCCGGGGGAUCGCCUAUUAUGAUGAGACGGAAGGACUCGUUUAAGAAUAGAAAAAAUGCCGAGGAUGUGUUGAAGGAUGACAACAAUCGAAAAAGUGGACAGGUUUCGAAACAGAUGUCUUUGGAGCAACAGGUUGGGAAGAAGAAUGAAAAUUUUGCGGCGCCAACGCCAAAAAGGACUUCGACUGUGUUUGGGCGCGUAUCCAAAUUUCGCCACUUGAAAGGCACUCCAGCGCAUAAAUCUUUCCACAUCGAGAACAUCAGGAAUUUGAGCCGGCAAAUUUCAGGAGAGUGUGACGGUUUUCACGCCAACCCCGAACGCGUGGCUGUGCCUCUUAGCGGUCCAGGCGGCAAAAUAGCAAUUUUCGAACUGAGCAAAACAGGCCGACUUCCCGACGGAGUCAUUCCCGCCCUAGUCCACGGAAACAACAUAAUGGACUUCGCCUGGGAUCCCUUCGAUAACCAUCGCCUCGCAGUGGCCUGCGAUGACGGCAUCAUUAAACUGUGGAAAAUUCCAGAGAGCGGCUUGAACGAACCCACGAACGAAGCAGAGAACGAAUUCAACGCUCACCCCGACAAAAUUUAUUUCAUUAAAUUUCAUCCCACUGCCAAAGAUGUCUUAGCCUCAGGUUCUUACGACAUGACAAUCAAGAUUUGGGAUCUGGCGACUCUCACAGAAAAAAUAGUCCUGAAGGGUCACACCGAUCAGAUGUUCAGUUUCGCUUGGUCGCCAUGUGGAGUUUUUUGUUCUACUGUCAGCAAGGACGGGAAGAUCCGGAUUUAUAAGCCUAGGGCGAACGAUGCGCCCACCAGAGAAGGAAAAGGACCCGUUGGGAGUAGAGGAGCCAGGAUUAUUUGGGCUCUCGACGGUAAUUUUAUCGUGGUUAUGGGUUUCGAUAAAGUUUCGGAACGACAAAUUAUGGUUUUUAAAUCAACGGAUUUGAACAAUCCGUUAAAUACGGUCGGGCUCGAUGUGUCACCGGCUAUUUUGAUACCUUUUUACGACGAAGAUAGUUCGACGUUGUUUUUGACAGGAAAGGGUGACUCAACGAUUUAUGCUUUCGAAAUUACGGAAGAAUCCCCGUAUAUUUGUCCUUUGAGUCAUCACAGGUGCAAUAAUUUACAUCAAGGACUCUCCUUCUUGCCGAAAAAUGUUUGUGAUGUAUCUAAUGUUGAGUUUGCUAAAGCACUAAGACUCACUAAUAAUACUAUAGAACCACUAUCUUUCACCGUUCCGAGGAUAAAGACGGAAUUGUUCCAAGACGAUCUCUUUCCUCCUACUCGAGUUAUGUGGAAGUCGUCUUUAACAAGCGCGGAAUGGUUUAAUGGGAAGGAUAAAGCGCCUCCAAGGAUCAGUUUGAAGCCUGACGGCAUGGAUUUGCUGUCAGAGACUCAAGUGAAUAACCAAGAAAGAACCAUAAAUAAGUCAGCUUCAACCCCAUUCAUUGGUGCUUCUCAGCCUUACAAUCGCUUAGCAUGGAACGCAGAAUUAACAGGGCAAACUAAGAUGAAGCAAGAAGAGAUUCAAAAAUCUGUGAGUAACAAACUGGAAGUGAACUUGAAGCUCGAGCAGGACGAAAUGGAGGGAGUGGAUGAGAAGGAAUGGAAUGAUUAAUUUUCUCAAAUUACUUUAGUGUAAAGUUAGUUUGCUCUCUUCUUAAGGAGUUUUACGUAUCUAAUUUAAUGAAAUAAUACCUAGCCCGCCUUAUUAAAACUUGACCGCAACAUAACCUUUUUUAUUAACGCGUAAGAUAUUAUAAUCAAUGCUUAAUUUUUUAUUUUUGUAUAUUUGUAAUGAUGGCUCAGCAACAUUAAUAACAAAGGUGAUUUUGAUAUUUUUUUAAAAGAGGAUGUUUUGUACGCUUUAAUAUUUUUCUAUUACAGUUAUUUAAUGACAUCUAGUCAGUUUUAUAAUGUGCUUUAAUUAACAUGUGAUCUCUCAACAAUAUUAUAUUUGGUACACAUUCCGAAUCUGUAUUUUAAACCAGUCAAGCGUUCGUGCCAAAUCAGAGAAAGCAAAAAUGACCAAAUUCGUGCUCAUUUUUCCAAAUUCAAUCGCUCAAAACUUCAUGUUUUAGUCAUUUAAGUGCUAUAUAAGUUUUGAUAACUUUGUUAAUUUAUUUGUAUUGUGUAUUUAUUUGUAUUAGUGUUGUGACAGUGUAGGAUGUAGUUUCCAUGUAAGGUUAAAUGUAAUUAAUAAUUAUUUAUA